AUGGCGUCCAGCAGUUCCCUUCCGGUGCCCAAGUUGACGAAAGAUAAUUACAGGAUGUGGAGUAUACAAAUGGAGGCAUUAUUGGGAUCUCUUGAUGUAUGGGACCUGGUUGAAUCUAGGUAUGCAAAAGCAGAAGGUGAAAAAGUUAAUGCAGAGGAACAUAAGGAGUUGAAGAAAAAGGAGAAGAAAACUUUGUUCACAAUCUAUCAAGGUGUUGAUGAAGCAGAUUUCGAGUUGAUAUCCACUGCCCAGACAUUGAAGGAGGCAUGGGACAGAUUAAAGAAAGCUCAUGAAGCAAUUGAUAAAGUGAAGAAGAUUCGACUGCAGUCCUUGACGGCUCAGUUUGAGGCAUUGAAUCAUGGUGAGACAAAUAGUAUUGCAAAUUACUUCUCUCGUGUUAUAGCUAUUGCGCAUCAGAUCCGAAGAAAUGGAGCGGAACUAGAAGAUGCUAAAAUUAAUCAAAAAAUAUUGAGGUCACUACAUCCGAGGUAUGAUUUCGUAGCAGUAGCCAUUCAAGAGUCCAAAAAUGUGGAGGAGAUGACGGUUGAUGAGUUGCUGGGUUCGCUCUAA